AUGCGUCUCUCAACUCUUCUCCUUCCUCUCCUCCCCCUCGCCCUCGCCAACCCCAACCCCAACCCAGUAGCCGCACCAGCCCCCCAAUCUACCGGCGGCGGCCUCCUCUCCGAACUCCCCACCAUCCUCAACGGCGUCAAAGAGCUCCUAAGCGAGGACACGCUCAACGACCUGCAAACCAUCGUCAAAGGCGGCGCCGUGCUUUUGGGCGGGGACAACCCAUCCAACAUCGCCAAGUUGCUUUCAGGAGAUAAUGUCAACAAGCUCCAGGAUGUGAUUGAUAAUGCGCACUCGCUGUUGACGGCGAACUUUGUGAAUGAGACGUCGACGCUGAUUGGGGAUGCGACGCCGCUGGUUUCGGCUGUGGAGAAGUUGCUGGGUGGGUUGUUGGCUUCGUUGACGUAG